CCGACCUGGGCUACCGGGUGUGCCAGCCUAGCCGUGCACAGCGGAGGUGGUGGUGGCCCUCGUCUGUGGCUCCCGUUCUACUUGCGCUGGACCUCGCAGCUAUGGAGGGACCCCAGGAGCUUCUGAGUGGGAAGCUCCGGCUCUGCUUCACCCCGGCUGCCCGGACCAGCCUCCUGCUGCUCAGACUCAACGACGCUGUGCUGCGGGCGUUGCAGGAGUGUCAGCGGCAACAGGUUCGUCCAGUGAUUGCUUUCCAGGGCAGCCGAGGGUAUCUGAGGCUCCCAGGCCCUGGCUGGUCCUGCCUCUUUUCCUUCACAGUGUCUCAGUGUAACCAGGAGGGUCCUGGUGGUGGCUUGGACCUUGUGUGCCAACGCUUAGGCAGAUCUGGGCCUAGCCGCCUCCACUGCCUGGGUUCACUCAGGGAGCGUCUCACUAUUUGGGCAGCCAUGGAUUCUAUCUCAGCUCCAUCUUCAGUUCGGAGACACAACCUGACUGAAGAUGCCAGAGAUCAUGAGAGCUGGCGGAAUGUGGAAGACUAUUCUGGAGGAGACACAGUCUCAGAGCCACAGAUGGCACUAGAAAGGGUGCCAGCCCCACUGGCAAGCAGCCAAGGACAGUCACUCCCAGGAUCCUCAAGGGAACACAUGGCACAGUGGGAACUGAGGAACCAAACCCAUCUUCCAAACAGAGAGCUUGAUCAGGCACUGCCUUCAUCUGCUAGCCAGAAACAUCUGGACAAGAAAAGGCCAGCACCUGCAGGUACUGUAGAACAAAAAGAAAAGAGGCUCAGAACUCUGCCGCUAGCUCCAAGUCCUCUACAAGGGCUGCCCAGGCACAACCUACAGGAGGUAGAAGAUUGGGAGCAAGAAGAUAAAGGUGAAGACAUGGGUACCAGGCUGGAGGAUAGUCCCUCAGUUCAAGCAGACUCUGAAUCCCCAAGCCCCGAAGAGGUACCAGAUUACCUCUUGCAAUACAGGGCCAUCCACAGUGCAGAACAGCAACAGGCUUAUGAGCAGGACUUUGAGAUAGACUAUGCUGAAUACCGUAUCCUGCAUGCUCGUGUUGGGGCUGCAAGCCAAAGGUUCAUAGAGUUGGGAGCAGAGCUGAAGAAAGUUCAGAGAGGAACUUCAGAACACAAGGUGCUGGAAGAAAAGAUAAUCCAGGAAUAUAAAAAGUUCAGGAAGCGGUACCCAGGUUACAGGGAAGAAAAGAGCCGCUGUGAGUACCUGCAUCAGAAAUUGUCCCACAUUAAAGGUCUCAUCCUGGAAUUUGAGGAAAAGAACAGGGGCAGCUAAAGCUGUCAGAGGGGUCUUUACCUUCUGCCCAGUGUGAUAUGAAGGAAGAAAGCAGCUAUCAACUAGAGUGCAACUGUCUGCUCUUAUUGUUGAGUCAGUGGUGGAAAGCAGGAGAACUACUCUAGAUUCUUAAGGUUUGGUUUUCAUUACUGCCAUACUUAAAAAUUUUAGGGCAUAGAAUGACAGUUGUGCCCAGGAGAUUAGGAAAAGUGGAAGAGGCUUGGCUUCUCCACCUUUAGUUCAACCAAGUCAUUUUCAAAUCCUGAGAAAUGACACCAUUUUCAGGACAAGAUACCUUGAGAAUAUUAGAAUUUACCCGAUGUUUUCUCUUAACGAUGAGAAAUUUCGGUUAAAGAGCUAAAAGGAACUUGUAAUACAACUGACUAUAAUGGGGAAGGGCGUGGGUGUUGCCCAUGUAAAGUGAACUGAUUUACAAACAUGGCUAAAAAUUAAAACUGAUUGCUUCUA